AUGAACAUCUGGUCGGGGCCCAUUUUGCUAAAUGAAGAAUCUCAACUUGAAGGCCUACAAUUAAUUGAUCCAACGUCCCACUGGCAAUCUGAUAUUACCAAAGACUCGAGCCUUAGUUUCCGCUGUUUUGUCAAUCCUGCUUUAAUCCCACUCUAUGCGAGAGCUGGCCCGAAUCUCGAACUACAUACUACUGAUGGCGGAACAUCGCAAUGGCUAAAGAGCAAGUUGCUUGGCAAUAUCUGGCUAGAAGGGGAGGAUCUAGAUCGGUGUCCAUUAUUUCAAUGCCCUGUUGGUCUUCUCAUAAGUGUCGAUAACACUUCACGGGCAAAGAUUUCCGGGCCAUUCACAUCGGAUCUCUUGAUCUAUGGUGUUCUGUCGAGCGCAACCUCAUUUGAACGACCUCCAACUCCUCCCGUGUCAUCUUCGCCCGAUUACCCUGAGAAUGCAUCUCUUGUAACUAAGCAAGAACUGAGAAUAUAUGCCACGCCAAUCUCCGCCUCUCUUAUCGCAAAGGCCCUGUCCCUCCCAUCACCCCCGCAAAAUCCAGAUAGUUUUGCCAAUGUUGUCCAAUUUGCUGAAUUCCUCCCAGACCUCCGGUCGCCCAGUCCGAAGAGGAAGCGAGUGGCUAGCCUCUUCGAAUCAGUUGCACAGCAUCAUAGGAGAGUACGGCAAAAAGGAGGGGAGGCAGUCUCACAGUUGAUGGCACCCUCUUUGUCUCAGCCAUCCCAGCAGUUGCAGACUCUCAGGAUCAAACGAGAAUCUGAGGAACCUAGCAUUCCCGCCUUGGACAGGAUUGCUUCACAGCGUUUUAGGUCUCUCUCUCUUGGGGCAAAUUUAAACAAACCUUUGGAGAUUCGCACCGACAACUCCAGGCCAAGCACUGCUCGGAGCCACGGGCGCGGUAUAACAUCCAAGAGGAACACACCGACGCCAUUUUUGGAAUACCCUACGCGGAUGGAGCCAUCACCAGCUUUGUCAUCCUCUGAAGGAAAGACUGACUUGUCAUCCGGACCAAAAGAUCCCGACACGAUCAUUCUGGAAAACAAGAACAUAAUUACUCGCACAAUAUUGACAUGCAUGCGCCUGUAUGGCUUCAACCGCACGUCUACACGGCCAGGAUCUACGAACAAGAGUACUACUACUGUUAACCACGACCUAGAGGAUACACGCAUCCCGGUAACGGACGCUGCUCCCGCGGUCUCCACGAAUGAAGAUGAAUUCAAGGCAAUGUAUCAUGCGACAUAUCGUGCAUCAACAUUUGCAUUACGGAAAUACUUAAAAGAGGCACCCCAGAAUGGAGAGGGCGAAAGAGUUUUACCCCCUUUGUUGGAAAAAGGCAAGGCAAUGACAUAUAUUGAUGAGUUUUUGAGGCUUUUCUGCGAGGAGAACUGA